AGAACCACUUCCGGUUCAGGAUCGAGGAGCGAGGAAACACACUUGGGACGUACCCGUGGUCGAGCAGACGUGGCAACACAUGACGUCAUCAAAGAGGGGCGCUAGUUUGUUCAUGGGUGGUGUGCAAAGCUAUUCCUGCUAGCAGUAUAGGUAUAAAGCUGAGAAGAUGAUGGAAGAGAGUGGGAUUGAGACUACACCUCCUGCCAGCCCUACACCUCCCCUGAGUGCGGCUGCCACAGUCAGCGCCCCGCCAAUGUCUAUCGGUCUGUCCAGCCCUCUGUCCCACCCUGGCACCAGCUCUGUCUCCCCCGCUCUCGCCCCUGUUCCCUCCCUCCCUUCUUUCAGCAGCCCAAUGGCCACACCCCCCUCCCUGACCUCCCAGUUCCCCCCUCCCUCCACACUUGCCUCCCCCUUCACGAGCAGCUCUCCGUUUCCUCCUUCCACCUCCCCUUCCUUGCCUCCUCGGGCGUCCCUCAUCGGACUACCACCCUAUUCGGCUCCCAGCAUGUCGGCUCCUCCCGUAGGCCCGCCUUUAUCCAACUUCUCCAUGAGUGCAGGAUAUGACAUCACACGGGGUCAUGCCGGUCGAACGCCACAGACACCCCUGAUGCCAACAUUCUCCAGUCCUACUGCCAUGCCAGGUGUAGUGCCAAACCCCAUGGUUCAGCAGCCAGCCAUGAUAGGAGGAGUAGAUAGUGGAUCUCCCAUCACUUUCCCAGAGGAGCAGGAAGACCCCAGAGAGCCUGGGCACACCAACACUGGUGGAGGCAUCUGGGGCUUUUUCAAGGGAGUAGCAGGUAACACUGUAGUAAAGACGGUCUUGGACAGAACCAAGCACUCUGUGGAGUCCAUGAUCACCACUCUGGAUCCUGGCAUGGCUCCAUACAUCAAGUCUGGUGGGGACAUUGACAUUGUGGUGACUUCAGAUAAGGAGGUAAAUGUGGAGGCAGUCAGAGAUGCCUUUCAGGAGGUUUUUGGGAUGGCCCUGGUCACUGGAGAGCCUGGUCAGUCCAACAUCGCCCCACAGCCUGUAGGCUACGCAGCCGGUGUCAAGGGGGCUCAGGAGCGCAUUGACAGCCUGCGUCGAGCCGGUGUGAUCCAUGAGAAGCAGCCAGUGGUCUCUUUGGAAAACUUCAUCGCUGAGCUCUUUCCCGACAAGUGGUUUGACAUUGGCUGUUUGAUCUUGGAGGACCCUAAUAACAGUGUCCGCAUCGAGGUCUUCACUCAGGCAACUCCUCUGGCUCUAGAUCACGUCCAACAGGCCCAGUCCCUGACCCCUCCUGACUACAGCCUGCGCUGGUCAGGUCUGAUUGUUACAAUGGGUGAGGUCCUGGAGCGCAGCCUGCCCAACAUCAACAGGACAGACUGGCAUCAGGCCAUGACGGGCAUGACCCAACGCCAAAUGAUCCAGAGUGCUGCCAAAGCACUGGCUGGGAUCUACAAACAGCAGCUGCCCCCCAGGACUGUGUGAGGCUGAAUGCUUCCAGUGUCCGUCUCAUGCGAGGAGGAGGUGGAGACACUUGGAGGAAAACUGACUGAUGGGACAGCGAGGUUCCUCGUAUCUCCCCAUUCAUCCUCCAUCUGUCCUCGCGGGGGAAAGCCAAAUGCACAUCUCUUUCAAAGAUGUUGAUGUUUAUGCUCAGAGAUGUUUACUGACAUUUCAACAUGUCAACAGGAUUUUUCUGAAAGGCCAUCAGAUAUUACAUCAGGCUUUAAUGACGACUUAACUAAUCAUCUCGUCAUCCUCCGUAAAAUAUGAUUACACAUCAUGUGUAAUCAUAUCAACAACCUUAACACAUUGAGGCAAUAUUCAGUUUUCUUGUUGUGUUUAUGGUUAUUGUAGAGAUUAUUACAUGCACUGCGUCCCAGUUGUAUUCUAUAUACCAGAGGUCAGAUCCGAAACUUUGGAAAACAGUGUACUAUUGUAGAAGUUAGUUUUUUAAGAAACUAAUGUACUGUUUUGUAGUAACAGGGCAUUAUACAAGGUAUGUGCUGAUAUCCUGACACGAUUGCCAAUUUCACGUUUCAAAACCUUAAACAGCUGUUGGGAAAUGUUAUUCUAAGGAUCUUAGUUUGUGUGUAUAUUUCUUUAUAAACUGUUGCUAGGGCCAUCGAUCCACCGUCCACCUUUUUAUUUUAUUAUAUUUUUUUUAUGCUGUAAAUAACUCAUUUUAUUAGUUAGAAAUAGAAUCCCCUCAACAUGGCUGGAUUGAGUUGCUUGAGGGCCUUGAGGCUAAAAUGAGCAGCCGGGGCCAUGUUAACCUCCCCCUCGCUAUUCCUAUGCUUAUUCUUUAUGCCAAAUUCAUGUAAUAAUUUGCUUUGUGGCAAUUUGAUUAAACACAAAUAAUUGUGUUAAUAUGCUAAAUGAUUUUUUAUUUUAUUAAGAAGAUAAUAAAGGUAUUAAAACUAGAUUUUAGGAUUGGAUAAUAACGCAGCACACAUCUAAAGGCUUUUUAUAGUAUGGGUUGAUAUUCUGUUUUGUUCCCAUAUUUUCAUUUUCAUGAAUUCAGUUUUUUAAAUGACCAUAAAUCAUUUGUCACACCGUGAACCUGGGGCCUGAGAGGGGCCCCUGGGGUCGGGGGCCUCAGAGGGGCCCCUGAGACUGUGUCCAGUGAAAGCUUCUUAAAGCAUUGAAUUGAUAUGAAGCCAUUGUGCUGAAAAUGUUUAUUGUUUUGAAGCAUUUGAUCCAGGGAAAAUGUUGAUCUCUACUGGACAACCUCUGGUAAUGCAUUUGUAUAAAAGAUAAAUAAAGAAACAUUUUCGACGACCA